AUGGGUCCCGCGGAGGACGUGGCGGCCGACGUGGAGAUUGUCAAGGCUCGUGCAGAGUCUGCUGGCCUUCAUCUGCAGCCCAGUAAGAGCCGCUUCUACAUGCCUCGCCACCAUCCCGCUUCCAUCACUGCUAUCAAGUCUGUCUUGCCAGAUGCCGUGCGCGAGACGGCCAACACGGGCAUGACGGUCUUGGGAACACCGAUUGGCCGUCGCGAUUGGAUGAAGAAGCAGCUGAACGACAAGGCAAAGCACAUUGCUGGCAAGCUCAAUGACAUGCUGACGACCGGUGUCUCGCUUCAGGCCCUCCUCACGGCCAUGCAGUACGUGCCUAGCCUUAUCAACCACCUCUACACGCUGCCCCCAUGUCUCACGUCGGGCUUGUCCGAGCUCCUGAACCGUGCUUGCAAGGACACCUUUGUCAAAGCCUUUUUUGCCAAGGUAAACCUGUCUGCACCAGCCGGAGGUGAAGGUCAUGACGUUACGCUGGAACAGCUCCUGGAGGCUCGCCUCUUCACGCGGGCCAACACCGGGGGCUUUGGCCUGCACGACUUGGUUGAGCGCGGUCCGGUGGCUUAUAUCUGCAACAUGGCCAAGCUGGCCACUCGCUACCCUCGGGUCUACGAUCGACUUUUGGAGGAUGCAUCGAGGGCUGCCGACUUUGAGGCCCACGUGCAGCGAGCCGGCUUCCAGAUGGCCACGGUCAAGGACGCGGCGACCCAGCGACCAGCGGAGAUCAUUGCCCUCCGCUCCAAGGCGGCACUUGACGACCUGAUGGCCAAGUGCGCGCUGGACCUGCAGCAGGCAUAUCUGGCCUCACGCGAGUGGGGCGUCAGCACAGUCUUGAUCAUGCGGGGUCGGGACAAGUUGCGUCGCUUGAGCGACACGACCUUUGCUUGCGGUCGUCCGACGGACAAGUGCCCGCUCUGCAGCAGCAAGACACCUCAGCCGCGACUAACCCGCGAGCACCUGCUGACCUGCCGUCCCAUCAAGCGACACAACGCCCUUCGCGACGAGAUGGGCCGCCUGCUCAGUCUGGCUACAACGCCAACGGUCAGAGCUGCCGCAUCGACCUGCACUGCCGCAACCCCUUUCCCGGCGCCCAACCCCCGACCACCUCGCAAGCCUGCAUCAAGGUGUUUGAACCUCAGAGCUGAAAGCAAAGCUGUGCAACCCCGACAUCAAAAUCACGACGGCACGCAAAUCAACACAAGAGAACAAGACAUUUUCAUCGGCUUCUAUCAUGCCGAAAAGUACAAGCGCGAAGAAUCACGCACAAGGAAACAAAAAUCAUGA